AUGAGCGAUCAGAAGGGCACACGCGUCUACGUCGGCAACCUGACCGACAAAGUGAAGAAGGAGGAUCUCGAGGGCGAAUUCACCAAGUACGGUAAAUUGAACUCUGUCUGGGUAGCUUUCAAUCCACCAGGUUUCGCGUUCAUUGAGUUCGAAAACAAGGAAGAGGCGGAAACGGCCUGCGACAAUCUGAACGGUCAGGACAUCCUCGGCUCGAAGCUGCGCGUCGAAAUUUCCAAAGGCCGCCGGAAUCCGCGCGGCGCAUCCCGCGGGUUCCGUGGGCCGCCGGGCCGUAACGGGGGCAGCGGUAGCGGCAGUAUCGGUGGCAGCGGUGGUGGUGGCAGCUUCCGGAAUGGGUCACGCGGCGGUUUCCGGGACGGAGGGUCGAGCUAUCGAAGCGGCAGCAGCGGCGGUGGCGGUGGAGGCAGCUUCCGCGGUGGAAGCCGCAGUUCCGGCCGGUUUGAUGGUGGCUACGGUAGCAGCGGUGGCGGUGGUGGUGGUGGCCGCUCGAGCGGUGGCUACAGUCGGGAUGGUGGCCGCGACGGUGGUUACGGUAGCAGCGGCGGAAGCUUCGGUGGUGGUGGUUAUGGCGGUGGUCGUAGCAGUGGUGGCGGCGGUGGCGGUGGACGCUUCCGUUCACGGUCUCCGGUUGGUGGUCGUGGUCGGUAUUAA